GUUGACAGGAUCAUGUAAUUGGUUAUGUGUAGUCUUUUAAUGUAUCGAUACAGGUGGGUAUAAUAGGACCGUUAUGUGCAGGUAACAGGGCGGCGUUAUCUGAUCUGUCUUUUAUCACACGUUAACACCACGGUGAUGAGACCCCCAAACACCGGGGAGGACCGACCCGGGGGGCUGCCGGAGCGUCCAGAUGUAAGAUGAUGUGACUUGGAGAUAUGGAAGUGCGAAUUUUACGGCAUAACUACCUUCCGUCUCUAUACAGGCAGACGACAGAAAAACUCCCGCUCACCCGACUUCGGCGGGAAAUCGACCUUACGAUGAAAAAAGUUCUCCAAAAUGAAGUUCCAGUUUCUCCGGUGGCCAAAGAGUUGUUUGAUCAAUGUAUGUCUCAUCUGCUCCAAUACCUGAAAACCAAUCAGUACAAUUUAGACUGUUCAGAGGCUCCUGUUUAUGCCGGGGAUGUGACGCCAUGGACUCCUUACAAAAAAGAGUGCCCUUGUUACCUGAUACAAAUGAAAGUAGGAAAACUGGGUGGGACGUACGUCGAACCGGGCUAUGUGGUUUUUCCACUGUCGGUCAAAAAGGACAAAAAAGUGAUCAAAGUGUAUAAACUGGACUUAAGAUCUGAUGAUAAACUACAUUUAAGUCCGAAGAAAAUGUACAAAGCAGUUUUUCUCGUUUUUGAAGCUGCUAUAGUUAAACUGAAAAAGUCAUUAGCAAAGAGCAAAAGUACGCUGACAACUGUUAGCAAUCACUCGACAGAAACUACGAAGCCAACGAAAACCGACAAACCAGCCAUUGUACCAAAUAUUUAUCUUAAGACAAGAGACAAGGACCUUUGUCUUGUGAUGUCACUUCCGGGAGGAAAUGAGGUAGAGUUAAUUCCCACCAUCACAGUGUCUCCAGACGGUCCCUUUAUUGUUGCCAAGCCGUUUGAGCACGAUGAAAACCCGGCUUCAGAUAUGCUGUGGCGCACAAACUUUUCUCCGAACGAAGAGCAUAUAUUGAACGCUGUCACAAAUGGGGAUCGCGAACAACGAAUCAAUGCCGCCAAAAUAUUAACAUUUAUGUGCCAAAAAGAAUGGAAACUUAAUCACGUGACGGCAUACCAGGUAAAAAAUAUACUUAUGCAUGAAAUAGACUUCCAAAUUGACCAUUCUCCAAGAUGGCAGCGAUUUACUCCAGAAGAAUGUAUGCACUUAAUUUUGUUGAAAAUGCUCGAGUUUUCCAGGGAUCGAUUUUUGCCUCACUUUUUCGAGGAAGACCUUAACCUUUGGGGACAUCUCACAGACAGACAGUUCCGGUUUAUGUGUAAUGAACUUGAACAACUCACGCGAGACGAUGAUGAGAUGUUAAAAGUCAUCAGUCGAAUCAGAGUAGACAAAAUAGAUUACUAGAUUUAUAACAAGUAGAGCUUUUUUAAAAAGCUUCCCGUCUUUAGCAACAAUCUUAAACUGUAAACUGACCUACACCUAUCAGGCCGUAUAAUUCUUUUGAAUUUCUUGACUUUGUAUUUCUACAUUAGCUUUUUACUGGCAUUAGCCCUACCACGGUUGUCGCUCGGUCAUCUCCGUAAAC